AUGAAUUACACACAUACAGAUAAAUUCGUGCCACAUCAGCCGUCGCAUGGUGCCAUCAGCCGGGUCGCCUUACUCGUUGCAUCCAGCUCUGUCUAUCUGGCUGCCUUUAAUGUCAACACCCUGAAGCAAGCAGGACAACAAAAUACCCUUGCUCUCACACUGGACUCGCUUGGCAGUGAUGUUUGCUAUGUCACAGAAACAAUAAUUCACGAUGCAAGCACGAUGAUUAAGCUAAUCGCCCUAUCAGUCGCUAUUCGCUUCCGGCAACGCGCCUCGCGAUCCAAAGCCAGUGAAGAAAACCUUGUCGAUCUGGAAUAUGCAGACGACAUCGUCCUCAUGUUCGCAGAGAAGGACAAGGCGCAGGUGUUUUUGGAUGAACUGACCAAAGUCAUCCCGUCCUUUGGUAUGCACUUUGCAUCCACAAAGUGUAAGGUCAUGCUUGUGGACGUGCAGUCACUGAACACGCCACUUACGAUCCAGGGAGAGGCACUGGAUAUUGUGGAGCGUUUUACGUAUCUUGGAAGUUGUAUUAGUUCUGACUGUAGUGUGACAGAUGAGCCCAACGCAGAUGGUGCCAAUGACUUGAAAUCAGAAGUGGUUUCUACUACCCUCUGUGCUUCUCCUGGAUCGGGGCGCGGUUCCUGCACCGGUGAUGAACAGUCUGUUGGUUCACAAGAAUCUAGGGGGUCGGAUCAAUGGAUGGAUAGCGGUGUGUUCCCGUCACCAAUUCUAAACAUGGAUUCAGAAGCAGUCAGCCUCCCAGUACUUCCAGGUGACGCACAGCCAGAUGAGCCUUUUGAAGAGACGGAGUUGGGUUCCAUUGAGCAACAAAAACACGUGGUGCUUCACUUGUUGUCUCAACUGAAGCUUGGUAUGGACUUGACAAAAAUCGUUUUACCGACUUUCAUUUUGGAGAAACGCUCAAUACUUGAGAUGUUCGCCGAUUAUCUUGCUCAUCCGGACCUAUUUGUCAACAUCAAUCGUGGUGAAGAUCCUGAAGCGCGAAUGAUAGCUUUUGUACAGUGGUAUCUCACAGCCUUCCAUGCUGGACGAAAAGAUAAAGUUGCCAAGAAGCCGUACAAUCCAAUAAUUGGGGAGUCAUUCCACUGCUGUUGGCCUAUAUCUUCCAUGGGCUCACCAAACUCCUCUCCACCGGUUGCAUCGAUCUCAACAAGCAACGCGAAUGCGCCGAGCACGGAGAACACUGACCUACCCAAUGUAAUCACCUACUGUGCAGAACAAGUGUCCCAUCAUCCUCCAGUUACCGCGUUUCACAUUGAAUUGCCCUCGGAGCAGAUGGAGUUGAAUUGCUUUGUGCACGCGAAAUCGAAGUUUCAAGGAAUGAGUGUUAGUGUAACCAUGCUGGGAAAGACCGUGCUUCGUUUGGGUCAUCACAACAACGAAGAAUAUCACUUUGCAUUCCCAACCGCCUACGCUCGAUCCAUUCUAACUGUCCCGUGGGUGGAAUUAGGUGACAGAGUCACUAUCGCGUGCCCGCAAACCGGUUAUUCUGCAUGUGUGAUAUUCCAUACCAAGCCCAUUCGCAGCAACAAACUGCAUCGUGUUAGCGCGGAAAUUUAUGCUCCGCAGGCUGCUGAUGCAUCAGCCAUUGAUCGCGGUGCUAGUCCGACAAAUCUGGUCGCCCGCGUAUCUGGGGAGUGGAAUAGCGUCCUCGAGUUCGAGGGGUAUACCAAGGGUGGCAAAAAAUGGUCCAUAGAUGUGAAUACCCUAAAAAUCAUGCGGAAGCAUGUGCGCCCCAUUGAUAAACAGCGCCCAGAAGAAUCCCGACGUCUGUGGCAGCACGUGACCAAUGCCCUUAAAAGUGGAAACCUACAACUGGCUACGGAGAAAAAACGGGAGGUAAGUAUGUUUACCACAUCUCUCCCCUGACGGUGUGAGCGCCACUGGCAUCGGCUUCGUUUCCAUGCCCUGCAUGGUUUU